CCACAGACACUAAUUCUUCUUCGACGGCUGAUAAUAAUAAUAAUUUUACGUGUAGACUACUCGGAAAUUUAGGAUUAAGCUCUUGUCCAGGGAAAAAAGUUCGACUAAAUGGUCCUGUUCGAGGAAGGGCGACAAUUAAUCGUGACUUAGAUUUAGAUUUUCAACGAUUAAAGACACUUGGGAUCUCUAUGAUUGUUUGUUGUUUGGAUGAUGAGGAAUUGAAGUUUUUAGGGGCCCCAUGGGCGCAAUACAAGGAAUUAGCUCAGCAGCAUAACUUGGAAAUAAUAAGAUUACCAAUGGUCGAAGGCGGGUGUCCAGAUUCUUUGGAACAACUAGAAGACAUUAUUACGAAAUUGGAUAAUCAUAUAGAGAGUGGGCGACGAGUACUUGCUCAUUGUCGGGGUGGUGUUGGACGUGCCGGAUUGAUUGCGUGCUGUUGGCUACUUAAACGACAGUAUUGUUAUAGUGCUGACAGGUCAAUACAGUUGGUGCGGAUGCGACGAAGUCCGAAAGCUAUUGAAACAAUGCAUUGA